ACACCUUGAGGAGGAUCUCUACGUACUUUCCAGAACGUCUCUAGGUGUCGAGUAUGGGGAACGAGCACUCUAAGAAGAAGGAGCCGAGUAAGGAGCAAACUCAUCCUCAUAGUGAAAACGGAGGAGUCCACGGCCUGGCGGUGAACAUCACGUCCAGUGGAGUGGACAUUGAUGUUAACAGUGAGACUCCAACCCAACCAAACGGCAAACCUGCGGCAAUAGAUCCUGCCGUGGAAUCCCCGCAGGAGCCUGAAUUUGCGGUGAUCGCAUCGGCCGAAGAACCUGUCGAAGUUGCUCCUGAACGACCGAGGGAAGAGGAUGAGCAACCCCAGGACAAAAAAGUGCAUCUUUUCGAUAAACUAUUCAAAAAGAAAGCAGACCUGGAAGCAAAGUUUGACGCCGAUAUUGUUCAUGAAGAAGAAAAAACAAAGAACGAUGAGACUGAUCUAAGUCUUCCUGACGCCAAUACACAGCUGGACCCAGCUAACCUCAAGCCAGAGACGCUGACGGGACCGCAGGCUCCAGAAGUGGCCACGGAGCAACCUGACGACGCCAACGUCCCAGCAGCGCCAAUCGAGGAGACUAACCCAGAAGAGAGUCCGGUCAUGAACUUCUUCAAAAAUUUAAAUUUAACGGUGACUGUGCCUUCCCUUGUCCGGCAGAUGACUCCCACUAAAACGUCCAAAAAGGAAAGCGAUGGCGUCCCAAAGGAACAGAAGGACCCCCAGCCAGGACCAGGCACCACCGUGGCCCAGGUGUCCGACCCGCCGCCGGCCCCCAAGGGGAUGUCGGUCCCCCCGCCUCCUCCCCCCCCAGAGCCUCCCAAACUGGAAGUGAAAGUGGAGCUGAGUGGCAAACCUGUGAAAGCCAGCGCCUCCAGAGAAAAGCCCAAAGAUGUCCUGAGCAAGUUCUUUCGUACCAAGACUAACAAGGAGACACCAGGGCAAGAAGUGGAAGUAGACACAGUUGUAGAAGUACAGGUAAAUGAAGCAGCAGUGGAGGCCACACAAGAACUUGUAGAGGUGGAGCCUGACGUUCAGCAGACAGCAGAAGAGGCGAUACAGGCGCUUGUAGAGGAGAAGACGGCGAUGGAGCCGCCACAGGCCGAGGUAGAAGCUGAGAAGGCGGAUCCGUCCAAAGCUGGCACCCUGGAGGCCACCGCCAAGCCGGAAGCAGCAGCUCCGGUUCACCAGGACAAGAAAAGUGCAGCAAAGUCUUCCUUCUUCUCUUUCUUCAAGGCCAAAACACUCUACUGCUUCCAGUCAGGUGACCCCAAAAAGGCAAGCCCCGCCCCCGCUGCAGCAGCCCCGCCCACAGUAAAGAGCAAAGAGGAGCCCAGGGCCGCCGCCAAGUCGCCGGAAGUGACCGUGGACGACAAGGCGGCCUCUGCGACCUCCAAAGCUGGAGACGGUGCCGCCAACUCGGCCCGCAAGACGGAGAAGAGGAACUCCAUCCAUCUGUUUUUGAAACAUCUGGGUCAGAAACGUCACUCGACGGACGCCGGGGUCCAGACCGAGCCGGUGGUCGUGGCCGAGAAGUCCAAAUGAGAGCGGAAGCCGGCGUGAAGUCCUCCUGUACAGCCUCGCCUCUAUCGCUCUUCUUCUCUCAGAAACCAUGGUAACAAUAAUAACAGUUUUGUGUACGUCGGAGUGGAAAAAGGAAAGUGGAAAAUGGAAAAUGCAAGUCUGUGAUUUUUACUGGUGGGUGACAAUGUGGAGGACUUGGUGCGGAAGGAGGAGUAGGAGAACUUUUGAUGUUUGCACUAACAAAACGCUCAGCUUGACUUGUUGCGCUUAAAAAGAAAGGAUGGCACUUCACCUUUUUAGACUUUGAAAGCUAAAUCACAAAUCUGCUCUGUCGGGAAGCUUCAAUAACAAAUCCACGCGGGAAUAAAAAUGUAUUUAACGUCAUGUCGCCUCUUUUGCGUGUCGUCCUGUGGCGUCUUUUCACGCAACGAAUAACAAACCUUGUCCACUCGUCGCCUGUAUGUGUUUCUAUGUAACUGUCCUGAAGACAAUAAACUUGUUCCUGGCUCUU